GUAACCAAAAAUCUGGGUUUCUACGCGGAUAUUCAUGCAUCACAGACUGUGGUUCUAUCCGAACGUCCGGGUGGAGGGGAACAAGCGGAAGAGUCAGCAGUUGGUUUCGACGAAUACGUCCAAGAGGUGGUGACACAAGUCAACAAACAAUGGACCGAGUGCUAUCGGAUCAGUCAUCGAGCCCGGAUAUUCCGGAGUGUGGCCAUUGGAACAUUGAUCGUCAGUUGGUCGAUACUGAGCGUGAAUCCCGCCAUGUUCGUGGUAGACCGCAUUCUGAUGAUCCGUUGGAACCUAUGGGCCUUUGACUUGAUUUUCGUCACAAUAUGUUUGAAGUACGCCACAGUGGUCGAUUAUGCAUCUUGUUUAUGCCAACUGAAUAGGCGUAAACAAGCACUGCAGGAAUCCAGUGACGUGUUUACUGUGGAACUGCACAGGGUAACCGAAAGAACAUUAUUGUUUGCGUCGAAUAUGUUGUUCUUCGGUUGUCCUCUUUAUAUGAUUGGACUUGAUCUGAUUCUUUUUGAUUCGCACGAUCUUUGA